GUCGGCAUGUGUGACAUGUUUCUUACUGUAAGGACAGGUGAGUUUUCUUGGCUUCGGAGAUGCUGCUGUCAGAGUGGACACCUGAUGGCCCCCAAGAAAGCCAAGAAGAGGGCGGCGGAGGGAGCCAACUCCAAUGUGUUCUCCAUGUUCGAGCAGGCCCAGAUCCAGGAAUUCAAAGAGGCCUUCACAAUCAUGGACCAGAACAGAGAUGGCUUUAUUGACAAGAAUGAUCUGAGGGACACCUUCGCUGCUCUUGGACGUCUGAAUGUGAAACAGGAAGAGAUCGACGACAUGCUCAAAGAGGCUCCUGGUCCCAUCAACUUCACAGUCUUCCUCACAAUGUUUGGUGAGAAGCUGAAAGGUGCGGAUCCAGAGGAGACCAUCCUCAAUGCGUUUAAAGUCUUCGACCCCGAGGGAAAAGGCAUACUGAAGAAAGACUACGUGACACAGAUGCUAACAACGCAGGCCGACCGAUUCUCCUCUGAAGAGAUGGAGCAGAUGUUUACCGCCUUCCCCCCUGAUGUGGCUGGAAACCUGGACUACAAGAACCUGGUGCACAUCAUUACUCACGGAGAGGAAAAAGACCAAGAGUGAACCUUUUUCAUCUUGUUUUUUUUUUUCUUCAGUAAAUCUAUAGGCUAAAAGUGAGAACUGAAAGCUUUUUGCUUAUAUUAGCUUUAUUCUUCCUGUACAGUCAGACUAAAAAAAAACAAUGCUUCCAAAAUAUUUUCCUCAAAACAAAAACAAAUACAGACAGCUAAGAGUUUAAUUGCAAUACGAUAUUUUUGCUCUGUUUUAUUUCCGGUAUAUAUUUUUGAGAUUAAUUAUCAUAUUUUUAUCCUAAUUUUGUAGACCAAAAGCUACUAUUGUCUGUUUUACAGUGCCUUCAAACUUAUUCGCAUCCCUUGAUCUUUUCCACUGUUUGCCAUGUUCCCACUACAAACGUCAGUUUUAUUGGCAUACCAACACAAUCGUACAUAAUAGUGCAAACAGGAAGAAAAUUAUUUUCAAAGUUAGGUUUUUUUUUGUUUUUUUCCAAAUAAAAAUCUGAAAAGUGUGUCAUGCAUUUCACCCUUUACUUUGAUACCCCUGAGAGCAAACAGCUUCCUUCAGAAGCCUCCUAAUGAGUUAGCCUGAACAUACCACCCCCACUGUGGCGAAUGGUAGUGGCAGCAUCAUGCAGUAGAGAUGCUUUUCCUGAGCUGGGAAAAAAAUGGCACUAAUUACCAAAAAUGAUUGUUUGUUGUAACUUGGGGACAAGUUUAAGGGGUGUGCAUAUUUUUGCAAAGCACUAAAUGAAGUGUAUGCAUGUAAAAAAUAAACAUAUGUAAACA